CCGAAGACAAGCCGGCAAGAAUAGUUUCAUGUCUCCCAUGUGUAUGAAGUUUGCGGUGCACUGAAAUGAUUUCUUUAAGUGCAGAGCUGGCUGAGUCGACGUCAUGUAAAUACUUUGCGUAAAGUUCGAGUCGGAUGGCUGCGGACUCGUUAUGAUCAUAAGUUCAGUCUGGCGACUCGAGCAGCUCAGGAAGAGUGUUUAUGUACCACUGCUGUUUCGAUCCACUCUCCAUACGAUGGGCGACUUACGAAUAAACAACCCGUUUGCAAAAAGUCCUGACGUAGAAUGUCUACUAUUAGAAGAGUUCCAGGCUGCGGGAUCUCACCAGGUCACUGAUGCAGAAGGCCGGCUGUCAUGUCUCAAAUCCUGGCUGAGCCUGCCGCCGCAGUACACAACAGUGCGGGUCAACACGCGCCUCACCAGCACAGAAGCAGCUAAGAAUUCUGUACAGUCUUACCUUAAUGAGAGCUACAGUGCAUUGGCACCACAAGUCGUUUGUCACCCCUCCAUCCCCGACUUGUUGGUGUUGGCGGGUCGGCAGAGCCCUUGUCACCUGCAGCCAUCCUCGCGAGAAGUGGUGGUUCGCCGGGACUGUGCUGAAGCCGUUCUGAGGGGAGCUCAUGUCUACGUCCCUGGCAUCAUGGGUGCUCCGAAAGGUCUGCAGGCUGGGCAACAGGUGGCCGUCUAUGGAGACCUCGAUGGCCAGUGCUUGAAGGGCCGCACCCGACCAUAUCGGGGACGUCGGGUCUUCAUUGGCAACGGAACCACGCUGGUCUCCAGGGCAGACAUCUUUGUCAACCAGGUGUCUGAGGGCUGUGCCGUGCGAAUGACUGAGCCGGUGUCAGGGUGUCCUCCCCUCGGUGGACUGGAGCCAUCGCAGCUCUUUUUGCAGAACUUGCCUUCCGCACUGUGUGGCCACAUCUUGGCACCGAAACCCGGGGACGCUGUCCUCGACAUGUGUGCUGCUCCUGGAGGCAAGACCACACAUCUGGUGACGCUUAUGAAUGAUAUGGGUCUGGUGGUUGCCCUGGACAGGUCUGAGAACCGUGUGUCCAAGAUUCGAAGCAACUGCGAACGCUGGCAGAUUUCUUGCGUUCAGGCCUUUGUCCAUGAUGCCAAUGAGUUUGACUCACUUCCACGUCAAGGCACAGAGAUUCCCAACCAGUUUGACUGCAUUCUCCUGGAUGCCCCAUGUAGUGCUCUUGGAGGGAGGCCUCGUCUGAGCUACGAGCAGUCUGCGAAGGCACUUCAGUCUUAUCCUCCACAGCAGAGGGCACUCUUGGAGACGGCUGUUCGACUUCUGAAGCCUGGCGGCCGGCUGUUGUACAGCACGUGCAGUCUGUCAACUGCCGAGAAUGAAGCCAUUGUUGCCUGGGCACUUUGCCGGUUUCCCCAGAUUCAUCUGGUUAAACAGAAGCCCCACAUUGGAGGAAUUGGCCGAGCAGGAGCUGGUUUAGACGAAGAUCAGCGGUGCCUUGUGCAGAGGUUUGAAGGUGACCACUUGACUCAAGAAGGCUGUGACUAUGACGUCGAUACUAUAGGAUUCUUUAUUGCGCUAUUUAGAAAAGAAGGACUAUGACUCAGGGUAGCUUGUGGUACUGUUUGUCUGUAAAUAAAUGGUGCACAAAGGCUG